AGAAACAUAGUUACUUGCUAUAGAGAAGAUAAAUCAUUACAUUUUCUAAAUUUAAAAAAAAAAAGACAGAAACCCGUGUGAUAUCUGUUCCUUGUCAUUACUACAUCACAAGUGGGGGAAAAAUCAUUAAUACUUUUCAGUCUAUUUAAAGUUACCUUGUGAAUCUGUUUAACAGAGUUAUUAACAUUCGAAAAAAAAUUGAAAUUAAAAUAAUAAAACAUCGAAACUAUAAACCAUCCUUUGUCGAACAAUGUCGAUCCGGGGCCUUCUCUCGGUCUGUUGCCUUCUAGUCACCUACCACCAACACGAGUGUCGCAGUCUCAACAACAGCAGGGAGCCGCAGGAGCUCGUAAGUCUGCGGUCCGUCCUUAGCCUGCCGGUAAACGUGCACCCCAGGGAGCAGGGGGAGACAGCGUCAGGUGCCAACAUUUCGCAGCCCGACACUCCCGUGACAACAUUAGUGGACACUGACUUGGAGGCUACUGACCUACAUCCCGCAACGGACAGGCCAUCAGGAAGCCCCAACUGCACAUUAAAAGGCUCGGAGCGACAAUAUCUUCUGUGUAUGAGAAACAAACAUUUAUCAACAUCGUCAGACCUUGGAAGUGUCAACAACGAAGUCAAUUUAGUAAGACUGGAGCAGCAGAGGAAAGAUGAUUUACAACGAGAACUUCAACACAACCUACAGUUUACAACCCCUAACAUCGAUCCCGACAAAUUGCGUGAACUCAUACAAGUUUUCAACAACCUACAUCCGACUCUCAGAAGCGACAAGCCACAUAGCAGAAUCUGCUACCUGCCAGCAUGUGACGCUCACCUUGAAGGUUGCACCAACGCCACCCUCCCAAGCUUAAGGCUACACUACAACCUCCCUAGGCUAGACAAAAGGGAGAGCGAUGACGACAUUCUUGAGGCCAAAUUGAAACUCUUUGUCAAGCCAAAAUCAGGCUGCCCUUGCCCUAACGAUGAGUUCGGUGAGGACGUCGCAUUGGUUACAGUAUACCAGUACAUUCGUCAUAUAAGCAAACGAAAUCAAACAAAAGACCAGAGAAUACUGGACGCGGUGCUGGUACCAGCACAAGGAAACCUGUGGGUCAGUCUGGACAUCAAGCGGGCGGCCAGCACCUGGAUGACGAAGCCAAGAAAGAACUACGGGUUAGAGGUCAUGGUGCAAGACGCGCAUGGAGUGUUCAUGGACCCCAACAACUUCUUUGUCUUGCCAGAGUGUCCCUCCCCACAAGUACGCACGUGCAGGGACGACAGCGGCGAAGUUGUAGAGAAAAAAAAUUGGACUCACCAGAACACGCGGGAGGAUGUGGUCAGGGAGAACAAGCCGUACGUUGACGUCAUUACGACCAACAAAAAGAUGGAGAGGGAGCUGGAGAGGAAACACAGGAAGCUCUUGAAGUCCCACACACGGCCUUAUCAUGGCCGCCGCAUCCCAAGUCCGGUUGAUUGACAGACAUUGAAAUGGCCUCCUUCUGUUCAUCAGUUUGAAAGGUUUAGUUCUUUGCUUACACGCUUACCACUGGUGAAAGGAAUCCAUGAAUCUCAUCCGUAGUUAAGUCAAGUAAAAUGAUGUAGGCCUAGAAAUAAAUAGGCUCACAUCCGUGUAUAAGUGUAUGUAUGUUGACGCGUGCUGGAAGAUAUUUUUUAAAACCAUUUGCAGAUCUAUCAUUAUUGUAUUUAUUUAUUAUCAUUUUAAGUAUUAUUAAUGCUGUUAUAUUUGAAAUUGUUCAUAAUCACUUUACUUCUGGAAUUAUUUUUUUUUAAAUGGGGCUGGCGAGUGGAAAUCACAGGUUUAAAAUGGACGACGCCAAUUAAACACCCACGUAGUCUCCCUUACUUGAGUUAAUGAUUGCUCAGUUCUAAUUACACCGUCGGGAAAGGGGAGGGAAUAAAAAGUGAAAGAAGAACCGUCCAGAUCAAUUUUCAGACAGAGGACCAAAACUCAUUUUUCGUGACUCACUAUGUUAAAAGGCGGCUGGAAGUAGUGGACAUAAAUAGAGCUAUGGGCAGAUAAUAACCACCUUGUCUGGGGCAAAAAAAAAAAAAAAAAAACGAGCCAAAAUAAAAUUGGCUUUUAAGAUAUGUACUUUUUUUUCCCUUGGUGGCAAAUUUUAGCUGUUACUUGUUUCUCUUAGGAGUCUAGAAAUAGCGUGGAGCUACCGAGUAUUAUUAAAUACACUUUUUUUUUAAAGUGUUGUAUUGUAUAGACAUUAGGACCAGAGGUUACUAGGUACAUACAAAGAAAAAAGUUCUAUGUUUUAAGUUGUUCCUAGAACCUUAAGAGAUUAAAGCUUGGAGUGGGAAAAAAGUAAUUGACGUGGGUAGUAAAAAGAAAAGGAACAAACAAUUCCAUAAUUAAAAUUGAUGGCUAAAGAGUAUUUUUAGUACUUUGAAUGAAGAGAAAUCUGUUUUAUCUUAUGCCCUAGGGCUGUAAUAUCUCGAAAGGUCUAACAAGUCAUAUUGAAUUAUUAUAGUUGUCUGAUCCCAGAUAGAUUUGUUUCUUCCCAUUAACAUGUGUGUAGGGUUUAUAUUUUUAAAGUUAAGUCAUUCGUCAGGGGCGGGUUAAGCUUCAUACAGGCCGCUGACAUUUAGCUUUAGACAGGCCUGGCAUUUAGCUUGAGACAAACCUGACAUUUAGCUUUAGACAGGCCUGGCAUUUAGCUUGAGACAAACCUGACAUUUAGCUUGAGACAGGCCUGACAUUUAGCUUGAGAUAGGCCUCUGACAUUUAGUUUGAUACAGGCCUGACAUUUAGCUUGAGACAGGCUGCUAACAUUUAGCCAGAGACAGGCCUGACAUUUAGCUUAACACAGGCCACUGACAUUUAGCUUGAGCUAGGCCUCUGAGAUAUAGCCUGUAAACUACCAGGGAUCUGCAACUCAAUAGAUACAAUAUGUUUAGCUUGACUUAUUACAUUUUAUAAAGUAUACCCUUAAAUGGCCUUGAAAAUUGUGUUUUAUAAUCAACUUGAUCCAUUCCAUGUUUGCUAAUGUUGUUAACUGUACAUAAGGGAACUGUUUGAUUUUAUUUUUUUGGGAAUUCUAAGCUUUUUUCUGACUUAAUUGACAAAAACAUUUUUUUUUACUAACGCAAUUUCAUGACAAAUGAAUUUAAAUUGAUGAUUGUACACCUCAAAUGAAAUUUUAAAUUUCUAAACAAUUGUGCUGUUUUAAGUGUAUUACUUAUCCAACUUUUUAAAAAGUGAAUUCAUCAUUUGGAUAAGUAGUUGUUCUUUUUUUUUUUCUCUAUCUAAACAAAUAUGGCACUGCAUUUACUAAAUGAAAAUUAUUACAAUUAAAUUGUACAUAAAAGAAAAAUAAUGAAAUUAUUAUUUAUCAAUGAUGUAAAAUAAAACUAAUGAUACCAUAUUUUAUUGAUUAAGUAUAAUGUAAAAAAGUUUAUACUUUUCAAUCAUGUAUUUACGCAAAUGCAGCUUAUUUGUAUUUUAUUUGCCAUUGAAUUCUAUUUUAUAUUUGAUGAAAU